UCACGGGUCUUGUGAGAGCGCACGCACAGAGAUGAGGGUCACGUGAGGCUCUGAACUCAACACUAUGGCUUCGAAAAAGAGCAAAAUAUUUUCCAUUUCUAAGGAAAUUACAGUGCUGUUAUUGUGGUUCUUAAUGUAUUAGUUAUACAGUUAUACAUCCCGGAAACAUGAGACUUGGCGUCGUUAUAGCAGCUGAUCCACAGCCUAGUUGCUGAUAAGCAGCAAACAUUGCAGAGCUUGUUGUAGGGAUCUCCAAGGGCCACAGUCUGGUUAACUGACAGCGAUCAUGGAGUGGCUAGCACUGGCUUUAGAGAGGGACCUGGGUAUUGAUCAGCGGCAGACUGGACUGAGUCAACGGCCCAAUGAACUGGUGGUCCUGGUACCAACCCGCUGGUUGAUGGCCCUGAGAAACAGGAGAGUUACACGCUGUGCCAGAUAUGAGUGCUUCAGUGAAGGGGAAAUCUGCACUCUUCUCCAGCGCUCUCAGAUCAAAUUGCCAUUUGGUUGGACUUGUGUUUGUAUCCAAGGCCUUAGAAAGCGUAAACUGGGAUACCAAUUAGCCAUGAAGCCAGGCUGCCAUGGGGAGGGGCUCUCCCAGGACUCUUUUAUGACUCUCAUGCAGGGAGUAUCACAGUCUAAUUUCAGAAAUCUAUGGCAUGAAGCUUACAUGAAUCAUGUGCAACCAUAUGCAGAUUGUACUGAGCAGACACAGGUUGCUGCUGUAGAUGCUGUUCGCCAAGCCUUGCAGAAACUGUUUUGCUCCAGCUUUAUCUCUACUGAUCGAGUAUCACCAUCCCUCUCUCCUGCCAAAGAGAAGGAGAAAGACUGUCCUUUCCCAUCCAGCUCUUCAGCUCCCAAACAAAGUACUGAAAGUUUGUGCCCAAAUGUGCUUCCUGCAGAAUCCUUACUUGAGUCAGAGGAGGUUCUUUAUGUAGUUUUUCCAUACACGCAGUACACUCUUCAUGACAUUGUCACCUACAGUCCAGCUAAGCUGGCCAACAGCCAUGCUAAGAUAUUGUUCAUUUUGUUCCAGCUACUCACAGCAAUGCGUGAAUGUCAUGCAUCGGGGCUGUUGUGUGGGGAGCUCUCCUUACUUGACAUUGCAGUCGAUGAGCAACUCUGCAGUCGCCUCAAGAUCUCACUGGCACAUUACGAAAGGAUUGGAGAGUACAGGAAUGCUGUGCCAUAUGCAUUAGGAAGUCAAGUGCCAACAAGUGUCACAGCAAAAGACAAUCAGAGUCUUAGCAGUGAUGAGAGUGGACAUCUUUGUCAAAAUUGUUUGCAUGAGCUCAAAUCUCUGGUUCUAGACUGGGUCCACGGCCGUGUCAGCAACUUCCGUUAUCUGAUGGAGUUAAAUAGACUGGCUGGGAGGCGUGAGGGAGACCCAAACUAUCACCCGGUUUUACCUUGGGUGGUGGAUUUCACUGUGCCAUACGGAAGGUUCCGUGAUCUCAAGAAGUCAAAAUUUCGUUUGAAUAAGGGUGACAAACAAUUAGACUUCACUUAUGAAAUGACCAAAGAUGCACUAGCAGCAGCAGCAACUAAUGGCAGUGGUGUCAGCAAUUUUGCUCCCGAUCUUGGUGGACCAGUAGGACCUUGUGGUUCAGGACAGUCAGAUCACCUUCAUGUUCCCCAUCACAUCUCUGAUGUGCUAUCAGACAUCACUUAUUAUGUCUACAAAGCCAGACAGACACCCAGAUCUGUACUAUGCAGCCACGUUCGUUCCCAGUGGGAGCCUAAUGAAUAUCCAGCCAGUAUGGAACGCAUUCAGAGUUGGACCCCAGAUGAAUGCAUCCCAGAAUUCUACACUGAUCCUUCUAUAUUUCGCUCCAUUCACCCAGACAUGCCAGACCUUGACAUACCUCCAUGGUGUAACUCCUAUGAGGAGUUUAUUGCUGUGCAUAGACAAUUGCUAGAGAGUCGAGAAGUGUCUCAGCUUUUGCAUCACUGGAUUGACCUAACAUUUGGCUACAAGCUAUCAGGUAAAGAAGCUGUCAAAGCAAAGAAUGUGUGCUUACAUUUGGUGGAUAACCAUACCCAUCUCACCAGCUAUGGUGUAGUGCAACUGUUUGACCACCCUCACCCACCUCGUCUUGCACCUUAUCAGUAUUCGCCUCCAGAACCUCCUCACUUCGGUCCUGCCAAUGUAACGUCAUGGCAUAUUCCACCACUUGAGACCACAAUGGAUAGUGUGGAUGGAUUGGUCCCAGAGGCAACAGGAUGUGAAUCCAGUAGCUGGUCAGUUGUUGGCCGUGAUGAGGAGCUUGAGCAAGGUAUGGAAGCCCUUGACCUAAGUGGCUCCAUAUCAUCAGAUACCUCUAUUCCAAUACCCUUGGUUGGUACUUCUGGUGGAAAAACUGGCAGUGAGAAUGCCGCUUUGGCCAUUUCUCCCCCUCAUGGUUCUUACCCCGGUGAAACACCAGGAAAUGUCACAAAUACCAUAGGGUCUGGCAUAAGAGCAUCCAUGCUUCAGAGACCUGCCCCUUUAAGUAAAAAGCCAGAGGCAUCUUAUUUUGAGGAUUUCAAGAUAAGCCUUCCAGAGGGAUUCAAAUCUUUGCAGCCUUUGGAAGAGUUAGAGAAGCUCAACAACUUCCUGGUGAAAGGGCUACAUUCUCAAGUCCAGCAUACGAUGGAUCUUGAGAUUAACAAGAAUGACUUGAGACCUGUACUCAUAUAUCCUCUGUCAUUUACAGACCUUUUCCAGAGAGAUAUGCAAGCCUUGGGUGUCCUCAUCGCUGAGAUUUUUUAUUCCUCUAAACUUCGAGGAUUGAGGCCAGGCACACAUCUGAGUGAUCGCUUUCAAGCAGUAUUGAAGUUGUUCUCUACAAACCUUUGUGAUGUUCCUCUACCACUUCAUCAUGUGCUGGAGACUCUUCUGCAGAUCCAUAAGCACUGUUCUAAGAAAGAAUCACUUGCAAUACACCCACUAGGACUGCCAUUUCUUUUCAAGUAUGACUCUAUAUAUGAGGGACUUCCACCGCCAAACCCUUGGCAACUGCUUAGUCCUGUUCUUUCCCCUCUACCCUUUCCAGCAUAUUUUGCAACACUGCAUAGAUUCAUAUUCUCCUACCACUCUAUGAUGGAGUCCAUCAACAGUGUUCAGGGUCGCAACAUUGUGUUCAACCUAUGGCAGCAGCUGGAGACACUUCUAAAGGGUGACAUUACUGCAGAGGGGCUUGAAAUACUUUUACCCUUUGUGCUUGCUUUGAUGUUAGAGGAGUCAACUGCAGUAUAUGCUGCCUGGUACUUGUUUGAGCCCGUGUCAAGGGUUCUUGGGCCUCGCAAUGCCUUCAAGUACUUAUUCAAGCCUCUGGUGGGGGUAUAUGAGAAUCCCAGAUGUCUUCGAGGUCGUUUCUACCUAUACACAGAUUGCUUUGUGCUGCAGCUUAUUGUUAGGCUCGGUCUACAGGCCUUUCUUUCAAAUCUUCUUCCUCAUGUUCUGCAAGUAAUCACGGGCUUUGAAAGCUGCAAUAGAGGCACAGGGUCUCAAUGGGAGGGCCUGAAAGUUUUAAGGGGAGCUGCAGGUGCCUUAGAUGAGGAAGAGGAAGACUUUGAGUGUGAGGAUGGCAGGUCAUCGACCGCUACAUCAACUGGCAAAGUCGGAGGAGGCAGUGGAGGUGGUAGUGGAGGUAUUGUUGGAGACCAAGGGCUUGUAGAUUACUCCUCAGGCAUCAGUCUUAAUGACCAGGUUUUUCUGACUGAAGGUGAGGACUUUCAGAAUGGCUUUUAUGUGAAUAAUAGUGCAUCCGGAGGAACAACAGGUCAAGCUGCUAAACAGCAGAGCCAAAGCUCGGCAAACAAAGACCAAGACCAGGAAUCUCUCAGUGUGGGGAAGCUCAGUGACAAGAGCAGUGCUAGUGAGGUGUCCAUUGGAGAUCGUGCAAGUUUAAAGUCUGCUGACAGCAGUCAGGAUCUGAAGCAAGCUAGUGAUGGUGAGGAUGGUGGAGAGCUUGAAGAUGAGGAGGAGACAGGUGAUGACAGAGAGAUUACAGUGCAACGGGUGCCCAGUCUAGAGAUGACUCUUUCAGUCUGCACAGAGGAGUCUGAGGGAACUGUGGCUACUCUUGAGGGAGACAUCAUGAAUGGAAUGGUGCAAGGAGAUGCAGAGAAAAACAUUGAGGAAGAAGACACGGAGCAUGACACUUUGGAGGACUCUGAGGAGAAAGAACAUAAGAUAUUGUUAGAAACGGUUUGUAAAACUAUUAGGUGGCUAUCUGCAAAACUGGGACCAACAUUGACGUCUCGGUACAUAGCUAGGAACCUGCUGCGACUCCUUACUACCUGUUACAUAGGUCCUGACAAACACCAGUUUGUGUUAUCUGGGAAUGAGGAUAAUAGCCUUGAGAGUGUUGGAAGUGUAUAUGAAAAGAAGCCAGUUGUUGGUGACCAGACUGCAAGACCAGUUCUUGAGAGUCUUGUUUACAUAGCCCAUCUCUACGGAGAACCAGUGUUGACUUACCAAUAUCUACCUUACAUUGGUUACCUGGUCUCUCCACCUUCAUCAUGUCGUUUGAACACUCGAAAGGAGGCAGGGCUUUUGGGCGCUGUGGUACUCACUCAGAAGAUUAUAGUGUUCCUGUCAGACACCACUCUAAUGGACAUGCUGAUGAAGAUUAACCAGGAGGUUUUGCUGCCUCUGCUGGAUUUGUUAACCUCAGCUAAGAUGGGCUUUCCUAGUGGAGUGCAGUCUCGUUCUGCUGUGUGUUUGAAGACCCUGAGCCUCAUUGCACUGAUCUGCCUCCGUAUUGGCAGAGAGAUGGUACAGCAGCACAUGACAGAAACACUCUGCAGGUUCUUUCAGAUUUUCUCCUUAUUGCAAAGUCUACAAAAUCAGAUGGUAAGUGCCCCACGUAGGGAGGUUGGAGACUGCACAUACCUGGAUGUGUGCAUUCCAGAUGGAACAGUAGUUACUUAUGAGCUUGGAGUUUUGGAGCAACUCCAGGCUGUGUUUAACCCUGAAAUGGCAUAUGCAUCUUACAUUCCAUUCUACUGUCUCAUUGGUGAUGCAGCGAUUCACAAACUUGUUCCCAACCACGAGCUUGUUUGGAGCCUGGCUCAAUCAUUUCAUGAGAGAGCAAGUCCAGGUAGCCCAGAAGCCAACCCAGCUGGGGGCCAAAAAGCAUCUACUAUGGGCUUGUCUCCUAGUAUGGGCCGCCAGAUGGGUCGCAGUCCCUUACCUGCUCCCUCGUCCACUUCAACACCACUAGGUGGAGACAUCCUACCAGAGUCAGGUACUUUUGGCAGCCAUCUGGUUGGAAACCGUAUCCAGGUACCCCGGGACUCUGAGGUCUGUGGGAGUCCUAAAUUGACCUCUUUAGAAACAUGGGGGCGGUCUUAUGUUAGCCAUGCUCCUCAGACGAGUCUAACCACCACUGCAUUUUCCUCAGCCGGACCUUCCUUCUCUCUCUCCUCAUCCUCCUGGGUCAUAGGACCCACUAUGGAAGACAGUGCACUGAAACAGGACCUCCCUCGCAGUAGCCGCUCCUUGCAGGGUAACUGGCUUGCAUACUGGCAGUAUGAGAUCGGUCUGAACCAGCAGGACUCGCACUUCCAUUUUCACCAGAUCCGACUUCAGAGUUUCCUGGGCCACUCGGGCACAGCUAAGUGUCUGGCACCACUAGCAGGAGAAGACUACUUCUUGUCUGGGAGUAAAGACAAAACAGUGAAGCUGUGGCCACUCUAUAACCACGGCGAUGGCACACGAGAGGUUGAACCGCGGCUCACAUACACAGAACACCGCAAAUCUGUGUUUUAUGUUGGUCAACUGGAAGCCGUACAGGAAGUAGUGAGCUGUGAUGGCACUGUGCAUCUCUGGGAUCAAUUCACAGGUAAAAAUAUUCGUUGUAAUGAAGCUCUGGAUGGGAAGAACCCAAUCACAGCUGUCACCACUAUGCCUGCUCCUUACUGCAGUGUAGUGUUUGCCAGCACCGACUCUGUGCUCCGUUUCAUAGACCCACGCAAACCUGGCUUACAGCAUGAGUUCCGCCUAGCCUACAGUAACAUGAGUGCGGGGCUGAUCCGCUGCCUGGCUGUCAGCCCUAGUGGACGCACUGUGGCAGCAGGUUUUUCCACUGGAUUCAUAGUGCUGUUGGAUGCAAGAACAGGCCUUGUGCUAAGAGGCUGGCCUGGUCAUGAGAGCGAUAUACUGCAAAUGAAAGCAGCAGAGGGAAAUUUGCUGAUUAGCUCUUCUUCAGACCACACAUUGACGGUUUGGAAGGAUGUGGAGCACAAGCCACUUCACCAGUACAGAACUCCAUCUGACCCUAUCCAUGCAUUUGAUCUUUACGGUGCUGAAAUUGUGGCAGGCACUGUUGCCAACAAGAUUGGUGUGUAUUCCAUUCUGGACAACACAGCCAACCUGUCAGGAUGCACCAAACUAAGCUCAGAAAACUUUCGUGGGACCCUCACAAGUCUGUCUGUGCUGCCUACCAUGAGACUUCUGCUGCUCGGCUCUGAGAAUGGUGCCAUUAGGCUACUGGCUUAAACUAACUCUUUAGAGUAUUUUAAGGCUCUGCUAUUGUGUUGCUUUUUCUGAAGAGCAUAUUCUCCAUGUGCCACUUUUGGCUUCCUCAACAGAAUGAAGCAAACUUGUUAUGCCAACCAUGCACAAUUAAAUCUGUUUCAUAGAGGGAGCAAGCCUGAUAUUUCCAUUUUAACCUCUCUGAAAAAGGACUUAAAACCUCACUCCUUAGUAAGUGACCAAAAUGAAAUAUUGCCUAGAAUUCAUACAAUCCAUUUUUUUUACAACAUAACAUUUUUAAGGUUUAUGUAUAACUUGUAACUGCGCUAGCUGCUGUUUGUAUGUAAUAAUCAACUCUGUAUGGAUUCUUAGGUAAAUGGGUGAGAUGAGCUGCUCAGGAUUGUAGAUCCAAGUGUGGUUCUAGAGAAGUGUUUAUUCAUCACCUUAAAAAAAAAAAAAAAAAAAAAAAAACCCUGUGAGAAUCACAGGUCAGACCAUGUUAAUCAUAUCAUAUGAUUCCAUUCACCAGACUUACUGAGCAACUAUGCAGUAUUAAUGGUUGACAUUUAUAAUUGUUUGGCACCUUUUUCUAUACAAUGCACUGCAUUUCUACAUCAAUGGACCUUACUGAAUAGAUGAACGUGAUCAAAAUGUGACCGUGGUCAAGUCCAAGGUGACUAUCAUUCUGUUACUGUACACUGAUUGGAAUUGUAAACUCCAGAUAUGCAAUGGGGGUGAUCCUGAAUCCUGAGCUUGAACCUUCUGACAUUUAAAACAUUUCUACUACUAGACUAUAUAGAUAGAUUUGAUGCUGUAUUAGCCUUAUCUUGAAUUAUGUAGUAAUUCACCCUUGUCACAGCAACCCCUUGUCAAAUGGCUUACUUUGUUACAUUUUACACACAAAUAUGUAUGUUUAUAUAUAUAUACAGUAUAUAUCUUUGUUGAGCCUAAUGCUUAUUCUCUAAGAUAAUACUUUUAUGCAACAUAGAUUAAUAGAAAUGAACAUUAAUUUAUUUCCAGAAUGCUUCAUGUUAAACAUUACUGUUUCAAAACAUUCCAAACAAGAAUAUUUUGUUAGAAUUCUUACUAAUUACUAAAUCAGAAAUGACUGGCACUCAUAGUUCCCUGCUAUGUAACCCGUUAGUUGUCAAGGUUGGAGAAUAUUGGCUUUUAAAAUAUGAAUACUGAUAUGAACUCUAUUUGAUUUUAAGCCUUAAUUAUUAUCUAGUUUUAUAAUUUUAGUUUUGAAAAUCACUUUCAUGUGCACACUAUCUAUUUUAUGUUACUAAAUGGAGGUUAUAAAUUAGUCCCUAAAAGUGGUUGACAUGAGCUGAAAUUAGGCUUAUUCUAUGCUCUGUAAAGCAUUAGGGUACCCAUUCAUACAUGGUACCAUUUCAGAUAUUUCUUGUAUUUUACUGAUUCACCAUUUUGAUAAAUCCCAUGAUUCAGGGUAACUAUUUUUGAAAGAUCAUGUCCAUUCAAGAUCAACAAAAAUGUGUCAGAUACAGCACACACAUGAACACGUGCAAUAUUGUUCAUAACUUUUUUUUUGUUUUUUUUUUUGUUUUACUUUUAACUUACUAUUUUCUAUAUACUCAUUAAAAUGAACAUUUUCAGUGAUUAAAAGUGAUCAGACAUGUGUGUGGUAAUUUUCAAACUAAAAUAGUUAACCAAAUUUAAAAGAAAACAUUCUGCCCAAGGAGUGAUCAACUGA